ACCAUCCUGCGCAUGCGCAAGAUCAUACACGCGUGGGGCAUGUUUCUGAAUUUGUAUUUGGUGAAGUUAUAAGGGCUAUUGUAGGUAGUGUACAUUUCAAGGAUUUUAUCCGAAUGAGUUUGUAAUUUCUAAGGAGGUAACGUUACAAAAAUUCCUUUAAACCCUUCUCAGCUGAUGAAACACAUCACAGCAGUUUCGACUGACGUUUUUGAUUGAGCGAGUUUAUUUAUAAUAGGAAGCAUGGCCAGCCUUGCUGCGAAGUAUGAUUACCUAGAGAAGCUGACCCGUAAAGUAUGCGUGUCUCACAACAAGGAGCCAAAGAAAAGACUCUAUGUUCCAUUCCAAGGCAGUGGGGUAAAUGAUGGUGCUGCUCCAACGAAGAAAAGGAACAAACAAAAGCCAACAACAGGAGAUUACAUGAGUGUGAACAAAAUUAGACCAUUCCCAAAGACCGCUCAGCCUGCAGCACUUCCACCUCAGAGAAAAACUGUCCAGAGUGGGAUUUCAGAGACACAAAAGAAGCCUGAGGGUAGAACAUCACAAGAAUUUGAUGCUGUAGACAUUCUUCGUCAGAGACUUCACCAGAAGAUUGAGGAAUCUCGAGGACAGGGCCCUCCUAAAGAUCCCUCCUCUGAGGAGAUAAAGAAGAAACGCGAGAGACGAAAACAAGAAAGGGAGCGUCGGAAGAGGAAAAGAAAAGAGUUUCGAAUGAAAAAGCUAGCAGAUGCUGCAGCUUUGCAGGCAGCGGAAGAGGACAAAGAGACAGCAAAUCACCAACCACAAGCCACUUCUACAUCAAGUGCUCCUACCAAAAAGGAGCAGAGCUUCAUAGUCUUCAACAAGAUGGAGGUCGGAGAAGACUAUGUGGACAAAGGGACAAAGCUGAUGGAGAAAAAAAAGAAAAGGAAAGUGAAAGGAACACUGACUCCGCUCACUGGUAAGAACUACAAACAGCUUUUAACACGCAUUGAGGCGAGGAAAGCUCACCUGGAGCAGCUUAGAGAGAAGGAUGAAGGGAAAGCAAAAAAAGAGGAAGAGAAGAUGAGGUGGACCAAUGUUCUCUACAAAGCUGAAGGCAUGAAAAUCAAAGACAACGAGGAACUCUUGUGUGCAUCAUUGAAGAACAAGGAGAAAAGGAAGGCUCAGAAAAUAAAGAAGUGGACACAGAGGAGCCAGCAAGUCGUGGAGAAGAUGCAAAAGAGGCAAGACAAGCGGAGAAGGAAUAUUAAGAAACGCAAGGAUUCCAAGAUGGAGAAACGCAAACAGAGGGCAAGGAAAAAGGGUUGUGUACUGCCUGAGGAUCUCAAGAAGGCCAGCUUAUAGGCAGUAAGGAUGAAAAAAGUCAGAUUUGGUAAAAUGCAGAAAGGAUAAUGCUCUUGGGGACUUCACCUUAUGUUUAGGACUGAAAGAGACUGAAAAAAGAAUUUCCACAAAAUUUCAUUGGGAUGAAUUGUUGUCACUUUUAAAAUGUCAACUUUAUAAAGAUCAUAUUUUUUGUCCAUA